AUGUCAAGUUUAUUGAACGAUAACCUCGAGCGCGCCGGUACUUGGAGUCGCAAUACCACGAUGAUUUUGCCCGUUUCCAGAUCCGUCAUGCCGCUCAUAGACGCGCUGCCGUCGAUGGCAUCCUGGGGAUCUCUGCACUGUGACGACUAUGACGUCCUUCAGCGCAGUCUGGCGGACACCACCAAAGUGACGUUGACUGUUCUUCUCGCGUUUCUUGGUGUUGAGGUGGUACUGCAAGAGACUGUUACGAAAGCGUUUGCGUUCCUCGCCAUCCUCUACAUCGUAGCUCUGCGAUGGUCUUUCACCGGCCUCGGCAGGACGGAAUUUGAGGACAAGCUCGACGCCCAAGGAAGGGAUAUUUUUCCCUAUGCUGGGGACGUUGGUGACUACCUUCAUCGUUAUGCUGAACGCUAUGUACGAAAGGAAGAUAUCAGACUCCAGACGAAAGUGGAGACUGUUCAGUUCGAAGAAGAUAACUGGAUAGUCAGAACAUCGACUCUUACCGAAGUCACUCCGGGAUCCCAAGACGAACGCUUUGACUACGUGAUAUUUGCGAGCGGAUUUUUCUCGACACCCUUCACACCGUCGAUACCAGGGAUGGCCGAGUCCCAGAUCCCUCAGAUCCACUCCGCCAACUUCCCUGCUGCCGAGACCUACCGGGGUAGGAAGGUAGCCGUUAUCGGCGGCUCCCUAUCUGCUGCAGAAAUUGCGGGCGCUCUGUCCCCUUACGCUUCGAAGGUUCACCACAUCCACCCACAGCCCUUCUAUCCAAUCCCGCGAUAUGUUCCGGAUAGCAAAGCUGAAUUGCAAGACAAACCUUUCUUCCUACCAUCAGAUGUCGUCUUCAAUCGACGCUCCACUCGGAAGAGUAUGGAGGAGCAGACGCAGCCGACGGUCGAGAUGAACCGGAAGAAGCACGAGUACUUGGCCACCUUGUGUCCACCUUUAUCUCACCCGUCAAAUUUUGAUGAUCCACCUCGGGUGGGUGUGUCAGAUAUGUACGUCUCGGGUCUUCGAGCGGGAGCGAUCCAUCGUCAUCUGGCCAAACUCGAGUCUGUACAAGCUGAAACGUCUACACUGCAUCUAUCCACUGGCGAAGAAAUAUCCUCUAUCGACGCUAUAAUAUUCGCAACAGGAUACACAACCAAAUUUCCCUAUCUGCCACCCUCCGCGCUAGAAGCUCUUGAGUACGACCCCUCUAACCUCUCAGUCCCGUUCCUCACGCACCGCCUUGUCCUCCAUGCAGACCUCCUGCAAGCUGGCUUCGUAGGACUAUAUCGCGGGCCGUACUUUGCUGUGAUAGAGAUGCAGGCUCGAUACGUCGCUGCGCUCAUUGCGGGAGAGAAAGAGUGGCCCAGAGAGGCAGAGAUGAGAGAGGGCGUGGAGAAGGAACGCCGAGUACGGGAGUUCACGCGGGACGGUAAACGCCAGUUCCCGCAUAGCGACUAUGGUGGCCUCGUCGAGGGCUACGCGAGGUUGCUGGGUUUAUCCCUGUUCAAGGAAGCUGACCCUGCUGUGGCGGACCAAGUGCUUGCGUGCAACUAUCCACGAGAAAGGACAGGGGAUGUGGAGGCGAUCGAGCAAGACGUUCUUGGGACUCUGCGUCUGUCAAAGGAGGGCGCGUGGGUGUUGGGCGCGGUCUUCAGGUCCUGGAGCGGUCGCUGGAAGGUCAGCCGGGUGAUUAGGCAUGAUAUGCCCGGUGGAAUGGACGGGACGUUUGAGGGGACCGCUACAUUCCACCUGCGACCUCCGUCUGCCCUCCCUGGGGACUCUACCAAGGGCCGACCGGCAGACCCUGCUGCCUGUCAGGUUCCGGGCAACACCAUAGCGAUAUUCAGCGGGCCGGAAAGAGGGGUCCUUGAGUACCUAUAUCACGAGUCGGGGACAUUCACUACGGCGACGGGGAUAUCCUUCCAGGCCCAUCGGAAAUACGUCUACCGGUACCACCCCUCCGAAGAUGUCAUCUCCGCUUGGUUUGUCAAGGGCGGUGCGUUUGGCUCUGCGCCGAACGAAGGCGAGAUUGAUUAUUGGUUCCACGACAUUGCCAUCGGGGGCUCUUCCGAAAGUGGGUUGUGGUUCUACGAGCAUAAGGACAAAGGCGGGUGGACUGCGAAAGGGAACGAACACCUUUGUGUAAGGGAUGUGUAUAGUCCUGUUUAUAGGUUUUGUUUUGAGGGAAAUGAGGUGGGGCAGUUUGGGAUUGGGUAUGAUGUGCGUGGGCCGGAUAAGGGAUACGUUAGUGAGGCGUGGUAUGAGAGAGAACCUUGCUAGCGAGGUGUACAGGCCGUUGUAAGUCUGAUACUGAUCUUGUAUUCUCGGG